UUUUUUGUUGCUAUGUGCUUUUUAAAAAAAAAAAAAAAAAAAAAAAGUUGCUAGGGUAGUCUGAAAAGUUGCUAAAUCUAGCAACAAAAUUGCUAACUUGGCAACAUGCGUUUGGCAAGAACGGGCAGACGUGGAAAAUUCCACAGAAGGAACACGGCAGUUUUACACGCUCGAAAACUGUUUCUGUACGACACUGUCAUCUAGUGGACGUUCAAGGUAAGCCGUUUUUACAUGUAACGUUACUCCUCCUCUAUUUUACUAGUGUCUGUUACUAGUACAUAUCCUUUAACUACUAGUAUACGCAAUCUAAAUAUCAGUAUUUACAUAGUAUAUCACAACUGUAUUCUUUUAAUCAUGAAGAGUAAACCCAUUGCAUAAACUUCCAAGAGUUAAAAAGCUCUCUGUAGCUUUGCAUUCUUACACUGUCUUACCAGGUCAGUUUAUUACGAUGCUGUUCUACAGCUGACACUUUAUUAUCUUAGGGACCCAACUGUUUGCACUGGUUUGGGAAAAAACACGCGCAUGCACCGGAAGCAGGAAACGAAUCAGUUCGGAGAAAACGAAAGUUAUGCAGUUGUCUCUCUACACAUCAAAAUGGCAGACGACAGCAUUUUAUGGUCUCAGGAACAAUUUAACUGUUCAAUAUGCCUGGAUCUACUGAAGGAUCCAGUGACCAUUCACUGUGGACACAGUUACUGUAUGAGCUGUAUUACAGGCUGCUGGGAUCAGGAUGAUCAGAAGGGAGUCUACAGCUGUCCUCAGUGCAGACAGACCUUCACUCCAAGACCUGUUUUAGGUAAAAACACCAUGCUGACUGAAGUGGUGGAGAAACUCAAGAAGACAAAACUACAAGCUGCUCGUCCUGCUCAAUGUAACACUGGAUCUGGAGAUGUGGAGUGUGACAUCUGUACUGGGGACAAAAACAAAGCCAUCAAGUCCUGUCUGGUGUGUCUGAACUCUUACUGUCAAAAUCAUCUUGAACAACAUGAGAGUUUCUUCAGAAAUAAAAAACACAAUCUAAUGGACGCCACUGGACGACUGCAGGAGAUGAUCUGCCCUCAACAUGAGAAACUGAUGGAGAUUUACUGUCGUACUGAUCAGAACUGUAUAUGUUAUCUGUGUAUGGUGGAUGAACACAAAAAUCACGACACUGUAUCAGCUGCAGCAGCGAGGACUGAGAAACAGAGAAAAUUGGGUGAGAUGCAGAGAACAAGCCAGCAGAGAAUCCAGGAGAGACAGAAGGAGCUUGAGGAUCUGAGAGAGGCUGUGGAGUCUCACAAGCGCUCUGCACAGGCAGCAGUGGAGGACAGUGAGAGGAUCUUUACUGAGCUGAUCCGCUCCAUUGAGAGAAGCCGCUCUGAGAUGACACAGCUGAUCAGAGCUAAGGAAAAGACUGCAGUGUGUCGAGCUGAAGGAAUACUGGAGCAACUGGAGCAGGAGAUUGAUGAUCUGAAGAGGAGAGAUGCUGAGCUGGAGCAGCUUUCACACACAGACCAUCACAUCCAUUUCCUCCAGAGUUUCCAGUCUCUCUCUGUCCCUCCUGGAUCUACAGACUCAUCCAGAAUCACUGUCAGUUCUCGUCUCUCUUUUGAUGAUGUUGGUAAAUCUGUGUCUCAACUAGGAGAGAAACUCGAGCAUUUCUGCAGAGAGGAGAUAGAAAAGAUAUCUGGUAGAGUAACAUACAUUGAGAUCAUUCCUACCCCUGAACCCAAGACCAGGGAGGAGUUCCUUCGAUAUUCUCAUCAACUCACUCCGGAUUUAAACACAGUGAAUAACAACCUCCAUCUGUCUGAGGGGAACAGAGUGAUUGAAUACACUGACACAGUCCAGCCGUAUCCUGAUCAUCCAGACAGAUUUGAUUACUGGGAUCAGUUGUUGUGUAGAGAGAGUGUGUGUGGACGCUGUUACUGGGAGGUUGAGUGGAGUGGUGUGGUGGAUAUAUCAGUGUCAUAUAAGAGCAUCAGCAGGAAGGGACAGGGAGAUGAGUGUAGAUUUGGAUGUAAUUAUCGGUCCUGGUGUUUGUCCUGCUCUGAAUCUUGUUUCUUAUUCUGGCAUAAGAAAAAAAAGACUUCACUCCCUGCAGUCUCCAGCUCCUGUAGAAUAGGAGUGUAUGUGGAUCACAGUGCAGGAACUCUGUCCUUCUACAGCGUCUCUGACACAAUGACCCUCAUUCACAGAGUCCACACCACAUUCACUCAGCCUCUCUAUCCUGGGUUUGAGGUCAAUAUAGAAUGCAAGAGGAUCAAAAUUUAAACUGUGAAUUAUAGAAAUUUGAGCUCCAUGAUAAAUCAGCAACUUUGAGACAUUUAAGUCUUAACUUUUAACGUCUUUUAUUUUCUUAUCAAUAAAUCAAUACUGAACUUCUCACUAAAAUAAGGCAGAUUUCUGAAUAAAAAUCUUCUCAUACGAUCUAAUGAUGACAGUUGAAUAUGACAAAGUAAUUAAUGAAUAUGAAAGUUACCAUUGGCAGUAUUAACAGAAAUAAUAUACACUAUAUAGCCAAAAGUUUUGGGACGCCUACCUUUUCGUGCACAUAAACUUUAUUGACAUCCCAUUCUUAAUCCGUAGGGUUUUAAUAUGGAAUUGGCCCACCCUUUGCAGCUAUAACAGCUUCAACUCUUCUGGAAGGCAGUCUCCGCUCUAAUUUAUCCCAAAGGUGUUCUAUCAGGUUGAGGUCAGGACUCUGUGCAGGCCAGUCAAGUUCCUCCACAUCAAACUCGCUCAUCCAUGUCUUUAUGGACAUUGCUUUGUGCACUGGUGCGCAGUCAUGUUGGAACAGGAAGGGGCCAUCCCCAAACUGUUCCCACAAAGUUGGGAGCAUGAAAUUGUCCAAAAUGUCUUGGUAUGCUGAAGCAUUAAGAGUUCCUUUCACUGGAACUAUGGGGUCAAGCCCAACCCCUGAAAAACAACCCCACACCAUAAUCCCCCCUCCACCAAACAUUACACUUGGCACAAUGCAGUCAGGCAAGUACUGAUCUCCUGGCAAACACCAAACCCAGACUCGUCCAUUGGAUUGUCAGACAGAAAAGCGUGAUUCGUCACUCCAGAGAACACGUCUCCACUGCUCUAGAGUCCAGUGGCGGUGUGCUUUACACCACUGCAUCCGACGCUUUGCAUUGCAUUUGGUGAUGUAAGGACAGAAAGUUGGCGACUUCCGCGCACUGUGCACCUCAGCAUGCGCUGACCCCGCUCUGUGAAUUUACGUGGCCUACCACUUCGUGGCUGAGUUACUGUUGUUCCCAAUUGCUUCCACUUUGUAAUGAUACCACUAACAGUUGACCGUGGAAUAUUUAGUAGUGCGGAAAUUUCACGAAUGGACUUAUUGCACAGGUGGCAACCUAUCACGGUACCACGCUUGAAUUCACUGAGCUCCUGAGAGCGACCCAUUCUUUCACAAAUGUUUGUAGAAGCAGUCAGCAUGCCUAGGUGCUUGAUUUUAUACACCUUUGGCCAUGGAAGUGAUUGGAACACUUGAAUUCAAUGAUUUGGAGGGGUGUCCCAAUACUUUUGGCAAUAUAGUGUAUUUCACUGUAUUAUGUCUUCACAUACAGAAUUAAUGACAUUUCUGAGUCACAUUCAACAGCCUACUGUGUACAUCACUUGGACUAAGCUGAACUGAAUUAUACACAGCUGUAUCCCACUGCAAGUUUUGAGGUUUCACACAUACAUAUUCUUGUACUGUAUGUGUUCUGUUCAGUAAAAUGUAAAGUAAUAGAAGUAUUUAAUUAUUUUCUUUCAUAUUUGUUAUAAUAUAACAUAAUAAUAUUAUUAUCAAGUGGUUUGGUUUUAAUCGAUUGUUAUAGUUAUAUGACCUAGACAUUUUCCUAAGUUUUGCAACAGAAAGUUUUGAAAGACACCUAUAUUGUAAUCCACAGUUAACAAAGCAAUCUAGAGCUAUAUAGUCUCCUUUAGUGACCAAUAUCAGUAAGUUAAAAAAACAUGCAUGAGGAAUACUACACUAAGUAGUACAGUAAAUAACUACAUUUUUGAUUUCUACAGCAAAUAAUAUUUUACUUGAUCAGCUUUUGUAUGAGUCAUAUAUCUGCCUGCAUUUUGUGUAUUUUCACAUUGUGAGUGUGUGUUUCUCCUGAUGUAUUUUGUUUUUCUACAGGAAACACUCUGUAAAUAUCACUGCCAAGGCAAUUCUAUCAAGUCUCUUAUUCUUGUCUUUAUUUUUGGAGCGAUUUUAUUUUCUUCUUUUCAUGAUUGCAUAUCUACCAAGUUCUUUUGGAUUGUCAUAAGCAAUAAAGCUGUUAGAUCAGUUAA